GAGAAAAAUUUUUCGAUCAUUCUUAGACCCAUGGGAGCGGGCCAACGCAUCAUCUCAAUUUGGCAAUUGGAUCGAAGCAAGGAAUAAUUUUCGUUUACGAGGAUCCAGAGUGCGGGACCGGCAGAAACACGUACCAGGCUCAACGAGUUUCUAUGACGAAAAGCAAGUUGCGAUUUCUUCGUACCAAGCUUUGUGGCUCGAAUGAGCUUCAGUACGAAGAAAUCGCUACUGCUAUGCUGGUCGCCUUUGCAACGAACCGCGCACCUAAACAGAUCAACGAAGGAAUGGACCGGUUCGCUCGCGGUACAGAGCAACGAACGGCAUGGAAAAAGAAGUUCGACAGACAACUUUGAUGGGCGGUCCAGUUCAAAGAGAUGGAAACAAAGAUACGUAAAUACCGGCGUUCCAUUUCGCAUGUUGUCAAGUCGCCUGCCAGGGUCACCGCUGCGUACCGACAACGCCGAAAUAAAGGUAUUACUCACUGCCAAGAGCGACGGAGCAGAGGCUUGGCAUUCCAGGUUCACUGACAUCGCUGCCGACAUCACUGAGGCACCAGCUUCCGGAAUUCAUUGGAAUUCCAGUGGACACCAACUGCCUGCCUCGUACCCUACAGGCCGUACUCUCUCAGGUCCAUUUUUUGGAGUCCGCCAAUUAGAGCUCGUGCUGCGUCCUUUUCGGGAAUCUUUGUAUUGGGCAUUUUCUGUCGGGCGUUGGCACAUCAAACUAACAGGGCCCUUUACUCAUUUCUCAAGUCGGGCCGUACGGAAAAAUGGACUUCUCGAUAAUUACACCGAACAUAUCAGAACAACUCCAUAAUCGAGAAUUAUUCGUCAUUAUUACCUGAUAUCUUCCCGGCGUCGAUCGCUGCAUGCGAUUUUGAAAUAAACGGCGAACUUGGAAGUUGGAGAACGCACUUAGUACGUGCCAAGUAUACAUGCUUCGGGGCAACCGGCUGCCGCCCAUGUUUCGGGUUGUGUGUCGGCUGCACUAGCGUGUCGAGGUGCAUUGAGAGCCCGGGGCCAUAACAUUCAACGGGAGGGUUGCAGGUUUUGAGGUGGAGUUGUCGGGGCAUUUUCAAAGCGAGAGAUAGGGUUUUGACAAAAGCAGGGAAAGGACGGGAUAUAUGUUGCUACCACGCAACACACAUAAGGCCCUUAGUACACCGUUUCAGAUAGUGUUUCUCUAGACUACUGCCACUUUUGGGAACAGAAGAUUCUGCG